CCCGCCGGGCCGGAGCGGGCCGCCGGCCUCCUUCCGGGGGCACGGGGGAGACGUGGCGGGCGGGGAUCCCGCGGUGCUGCCGCCCUUUCGUCCAUCCCGGGCCGGUCCUGGGCGCCGCUGGCUCGGGCCGCGCUCACUCAGGGGCUGCUGGUGGCUCGCCCUUGCCUGGGUUCUGAGGUGGGGAGCGCUGGGGAGCGAGCUGGAGCCUGCCCCCGCUGUCCUUCGCCCGCGGCCGGCGAGGAGGUGAAGGAGGGACCCCCGGCGCUGCAGUGGGUGCUCGGCCUCAGCCGGAACGGGGCUGUCCGGAGGAAGGCAGCGGAGCUGGUGAAAGCCCUGGAGCACAAACCUUAUGAGGAGCGGCUGAGGGAGCUGGAGUUGUUUUGCUUGGAGCCUCAGGCAAAACAAUCUUCUCGCUCUCUUCCAGUCCCUGAAAUGCUUCACAUGUAGUCGUCUCUCUUGUGAAAAACUAUCCAAACUAUCUGAUUAUAAAUCUGGAUAAGCUCGACUACUGUGCAAGCUUGAAGAAUCUUGAAAGUGUCUCUGGGAAGGAAAACUACAAGUUUAUCCAGGUGAUAGAACCUUCCCUUCCACAAAACAUGACUUUUUACAGAUUUUUGGUGUUACUGCUUCCACAGGGAGAUAUUUGUGAACCUGAUUUUAUAAAGCAGCUCUUUGAAACUGAGAAAAUAGACAUAGUCCUUCAUUUUGCGGCCCAAACACAUGUAGAUCUUUCGUUUUGGCAUGCCCUGGAAUUCACCUAUGUGAAUGUUUAUGGCACCAAUGUGCUGGUUGCUGCUGCGCAUGAAGCCAAUGUGGAGAAGUUUGUCUAUGUUAGUACAGAUGAAGUAUAUGGAGGUAGCACUGAUGAGGAAUUUGAUGAAUCCUCACCAAAACGUCCGACAAAUCCCUAUGCCUCCUCUAAAGCAGCUGCAGAGUGUUUUGUUCAGUCUUACUGGGAAAGGUACCAAUUCCCAGUUGUCAUCACACGGAGCAGUAAUGUUUAUGGACCACAUCAGUAUCCAGAAAAAGUUAUUCCAAAGUUUAUAUCUUUGUUACAACAGAACAGAAAAUGCUGUAUUCAUGGUUCUGGACUUCAGAGAAGGAAUUUCCUUUAUGCAACUGAUGUGGUAGAAGCAUUCCUUACUGUCUUGAAGGAGGGGAAACCAGGUGAAAUUUAUAACAUUGGAACUAACUUUGAGAUGUCCAUUGCCCAGCUUGCUAAGGAGCUAAUCCAUUUAAUAAAGAAGACCAGUUCAGAGUCUGAAAUGGAGCACUGGAUGGAUUAUGUCAAAGACAGGCCUACAAAUGACCUCAGAUAUCCAAUGAGUUCAGAAAAAAUGCACAACUUAGGCUGGAGACCCAAAGUGCCUUGGAAAGAAGGAAUAACGAAAACAAUUGAAUGGUACAGAGAAAAUUUCCACAACUGGAAAAACUCGGAGAAAGCUUUGGAGCCCUUUCCUGUGACAGACCCAUUUGCCCAGCUCAGUGGUCCAUAGCGUGGCACGGAACCUGAAGGAGUUUUUUCUACCUCAUAUGAUCUUUUCUUCAAAGCCUGCAAUCAAAUGGCCACACUGGACUCUUAAUGUAUUCAAGAGACAUGAACCAUGAUGAGUAAAGAGCCUCAGUAUGGCACAACUUAGGAAUGGUAUCAGCACUUUAUAAGUUGAACCUCUUGGUUUCAGCUUUUGGUGCAAUACUCUAUUCUCACUAGGUAUUGAUUUUAAAAGACUGUAUGGAGUGAAGAAUAUUUAUAAUGUUAUAAAUUAGUGUACUGAAGUAAAAAUCUGCCUUAUUAAGAAUAAUUAACUGUGAUUGCAGCUUUUGAGACUUGGAGUUAAAUUUGUUUUAGUUCUGGAAUUAUUAAUCUGUGUUAGUUUUUUUUUUACAGUGUAAUAUGUAUAAUUUUUUUCACAUCAAAGAGUUGGGUUUUAUUUUUAAUCAAGGGGAGAAAUUAUAUAUUUUUUGAGACUCUAAAUUGAUUGACAAAAGCUGGACACAGCACCUGUUUGGUGCUGUCCAUUUCUCUGCUGGUGCACUUCUAGCUUUUGUAGUUGACUGAUUAAACUUACCUACACUAUAACUUUAAAUGCCCCUUUUAAGGGGAGCAAGGGGGGAAAUGAUGUCAAGAAGUAGCAGGUGUUCUCACUGAGAUUUCCAGAAGUAUUUCCUUAAACUUUUUACUCCUUUUACUGAAUUACUGUCUAUUAUAUGUUAACUCCUUUUUCUUAGCUGUAAUUGUAACAAACUUGAAAUACAGGAACACAGUUAACAUUCCAAUGAUCCUAUUUCCUGUGAUAUGAAGGCUACUUAUGGAGAAAAUUUUUUAAAACUCUUCUUUUUCUAUGAAUUGUGGGUUGGCAGACCUUUAUCAAUACAGUAUAUCAGCAUUUUUUCUGUAAUAAACAUUUUAAAGAUAAAACAGUAUUUGAGUUUUAAUGUAAAAUUUGGAAAAAACCUCUGUAAUUCUAGAAAUAUGUGAAUGAAUCUUGUUCAAAGUUGAUUUAAUAAUAAAUAUUAUGGUGUAACUGGUUUCUCUUAAUUAAGAAGAACGUGCUGAAAAAGUAGAUGGUGUGUUUUUUUAAAAAAUAUUUCUUAGCUCUUUCUCUAUCCUGAAAAAAAUUACCUUCAUUUUUUUCUUUGAGGUGAUCUGGCAAACAUAAAAAGGAGCACAGUUCUUGGUUUUGUCACUUCAGCUUCUGUAGUUGGCCCAGUCCCUGAUCCUCUGUGACCCUUGGGCAGAGCUGCAAGUUGCACAGGACUGGGAUGCUGUGGUGUACUCAGAAAAAGCUGUGACUUCUAAAGGGUUUCAGAAACUGAGAGUUAGCUUUUGAAACACAAGUGUUCCCAACUUCAUCACACCUCUUGUGGUGCAUGGUGCUGUUGAUAAAGUGCCACUUGUGGUUGGCAAGAAUCACUCUAAAAGAAGGCUAACCAGGAAGUUUCUAGGCUUACUGCAGUGCCAGGUAUGGGUUUUAAAGUCUGGCAGCCUGUUAUUGAAGGUGAGUUUUCUGUGGCACAGUGGGAUAACAAUACUAGAAUUGUGUGGCAGUUACUGAUGCUUGAUUUGGCAGUAAAAGCCUCCAUUUGGGACAGAUAGAAGUUACGGGAUUUCCUAUGUAAUAAUCUGUCGCAUACUUGGCUUACCAGCUGUGCUUCUCUGGAUGAAUCACUGAAAUGUCGUUGUCAAACGCACAUUGCUGACUAUAUUCAAAGAUUUCCUUAAUUUUUGUACUUUUCUUGAUAUAUGACUUCCUUACAAUGUGCAUCCUUCCUUACGAUAUCCAUCUUACGGUUCUGUAUUUUGUUAAAGUCAGUACCAGAAAUAGCUGAAGUGCUGGGAAGAUCUGUCUUAGCUGUAUUUGUGAUUGCUGUGACAGCUGCUUUGAGUGGGUUGCAUGAGAGUAUGUGUCUUUCACAUCUCUUUAUACUGGAAUACUGGCUGUGUUGUGUUUUUAAGAGUAGAGAUUACAGAUAACUACAAUUUACUAUUUUAAACAUGCAUAAACCUUAAUUUAAAAAUAUUUUAAACCUUUGAAAAUAGGUACAAUGUCUUUGGAACGCUAAAGACAGUGUUAUCAGAAAUACACAGAAGAAAGCAGUAGGGGGUGAUUGAUUUAUUGAACAGAACUUUUGAAAGUUGUUCUUAAUGUAUAGAUGCUGAAAAUGCAAACAUUGAUAUUUAUAUGACUGUCGAAAGAAGUGAUAUUACCUGGGGUGGGUUUUCAAUAGGAUCUAUUAAUUUUUAAGUGAAAGCUGUUCUAGUUUAUUUAAAUGUUUUUGAAGAUUUAAUUCAUCCAAGUGUUUGAGAUUUUUGUCUUUGUGUUACUACUUGUAUAUAUGUAUAAAUAAACACACAUUUUAAAAUAUUGAAAUGUAUAUAUUUAAGAAAUGUAGGAGGCUUUUGCUUUGAGCUACUUUGAUGUACAACAGAUUUUCUUAGCAGCUGAGUGAUCUGGCAGGA